GAGGGGUAAGUGUGUAAUAUUGCUAAAAAUUAAGCAUACAUUACUGUAAUAUUACUGCAUAAAUAUUUAACAUUUAAAACACUUGUUUGCUUAAAAAAUCUAAACAGUUGCUUUAUAUUUAACUGAUUUAACACCAUCUAAUGACAGUAAACUAAAUUUACAAAUUAAAGUAUGUUACAUCUUAUGUGCACAAACUGAUAACCACAGAUGGUAUGUGUACACUAGCAACCGACCACAAACUACUGCAAUUCUUCAAAUAGCAAAUAUGAAUUUAACAGUGGCAUAUUAAUGAUAGCAAAAGAUGAGCAAAUGUCGACUCAUCUUCCAAAAGAAGCUAUUUUUUAGUCCAUGUUUAUUUAUUGGUCCAUAUCGCUGCGGUUCUUCUGAAACCUCAUAUCUCCAUUUUUUGACCAAUAAAUCAUUAUUAGUCACCCUUUAUGUUUGUUACUGAAUUUUGCAAAUAUCUAUAUAUCCAAUAUAAAGUAUUAAAAAGUGCUUGUCAACUUUCACAACACAGUAUUUAAUCAUUUAAAAAGUACGGUGUUUUUUUUUUGCCAUUUCCUGAAUUUGGACAUCCGAGGUUUUAAAAGGACAGCAACAAUAGUAUAUAUUUAACAAUUAUCUGCCAACUUUAUCAGGUAUGUCAAUAUAAAAAAGACUAGGCAUAUAACAAACAAGUACUUUGUAACGAGUUCAAUAGAUAGGAAGGAAGAGGACGAGGUUGGCUGGACUGCUACUGGCUUUAUUAAGAUCAAAAUAGAUACAAAACUUAACAGAUACGGGUGUUCACUUAGUGUGAACAUUUUAGUGUGAUUCUACUCUGAGAAUGUGACUUAAGUUGUCCUCUUCUGCAAUUGGGUGUAACAUGCAUAGCGAACUAACCACAGUCACUGUAAACACUAGCACGCAGAAACCCCAAACCAUGUACAGUACAAUUACUGUAACUUACACAAUGCAUCCCUAAAUAAACUUCACAUAAGAAUACAACAAAUCUUUUUUCUUCACUCAGCUUUUGGUGAUCCAUGUCUUGUUCCGAGACCCCAAUGGCAAACAGCUCGCAGGUUGCGUUCAACACCUCUUACCUGUGCCAAAUGUCAACUACAAGUGUAGUCCUGCCCGUUAUCUACACCCUGAUGUUUCUCACUGGCCUCCCUGGCAAUGCUAUCUCUCUCUGGGUGUUCAUGAAAAACAUCUCCACCAAAACGUCCACCCACAUAUACCUGAUAAACCUAGGAAUCUCCAACCUGAUUCUCUGCCUCACCAUGCCAUUUCUAGCAGCAUACUAUGCAUUUGGAAGCAAGUGGCCUAAAAACAACACCAUGUGCCAAAUUGCGAUAAGUGGUCUAACUCCAGUGCUCCACAUCAACAUCUGCAUCGGUGUGAUGAUACUAAGCUGGGUGGCCUUGAGUCGCUUUGCCUCGCUGAUUCAGCAUUCACAUGCCAACCGCCCAAGUAGGUGGCUCAAAGUCCUACCCGGUGCCUUUCUCAAUAGAAAACAGCAAACGAGAUUGGCCUACGCGUUGUGUCUGGUCACGUGGAUUAUUGUCGGACUUGGUGUCAUACCCUUUGUGGUGCUGUACUCAAUCAGGGAGACUGUGAACGUGGAGGAAGACAGAAAUCAAGUGUGUUACAGCCUAGAGGUGGAGGUGGGCGGAGCUGGAUCUCACAUCUUUGCCUUCGUGGCCAUUUCUCUCUUCUUCGUCUUUUUCCUUUUGGUGUUGAGUUCCUACUUGGCGGUGAUCAGGCACAUCUGGAGGUCAAAGAAAAGCGCCACCAUCUCCGACAGACAGAGAGUUUACGCCAAAGUGUUUCGGAAUAUCGUCAUCAUCAAGCUGGUGCUGGUGGUUUGUCUUUUGCCUCAUCACAUAUAUAAAGCGAUCUUUGUUAAAAUGGUCAACGAACAACUGUUGUCUAAAUCACUCCCAAGAGACACUUGUCAUCCCCUGUCCGUGCAGGUGGAGGUAAAGAAUGUUCUUCUCUGUUUAGCAACUCUGCGAUGUAGCACGGACCCUAUCAUGUACUUCCUGCUGGACAGAACGUUUCGUAAACACACGAAUAGACUGUUGAGAGUACGCCCCAGCGCACAUGAGAGGCACUCAUCCAAAUCCUACGGAGGACAAGCCUCUCAAGCAACUGUGGACCUGUAGAUAUUAACUGGUUGUAAUUCUAACUGCUUUGAUAAACACCUCUUCACUUCGACCUCAUACUCUGUAAAUACAUACCAUUGUACUAAAUAUCGAAUUGUCAUGUUAUCCUAACAUCUGUACACAACAAGAUGUUUUGUACUGAUGCUCAAUGAUGGGCAGCACAAUCCAAAUCUGCACAAUACAGCUGUUUAAAAAGUGCUGUUUAAAUGCCAAAAAAUGACCACCAAGCAAUGUUUUUUGUGUCUACUGUACUUUGCAAAAAGUUAAUUAUUAAAUAUACAUUGAAACUUCCUACACAGGACUGUUUAUGUACAGUACUAUACCACCAUUACAUUCUGUCUACUUGAAAGUGGGAUGAAGGCAGAAUGUGCAAGCA